AUGAACCCGUCCAACGUGCCAGCUAACGUACCAGAAGCAGACCAUGUAGCAGAUACCCUGGCCAGGGAAUGGAAGGAAGCCGAAGCGGCCUUAAGGAUGAGCAAGGAAAGGAUGGCUAGAGAGAAAGGAACAACUCCCAAAUACUCAAUUGGCAAAAAAGUCUGGUUGGACGGAAAAAACAUAGAGCUCAGAACCAACUCCAACAAACUAGAUCCAAAACGCCUAGGUCCUUUUGAAGUAACGGAGAAGGUUUCUAGUCAUGCCUACCGCCUGAAACUACCAGAAUCUUUGAAGAUCCACAACGUAUUCUAUGUGGGACUACUAUCCAAAACCCAUGAAUCCCCGAGUCAACCGUUUCCUGAACGACCACCCCCGGAAACAAUAGAGGGAGAAGAGGAGUACGAGGUGGAACAAAUCAUUGACUCUAAAAGGCAACGCGGAAAAUGGUUCUACCUGAUCAAAUGGAAAGGAUACGGGCCCAAAGACAACUCAUGGGAACCAGAGGAGCUUCUAGAACAUAGCCAAGAGGAAAUCCAACGCUUCAACAAGUCGCAACUGAAAAAGGCUUGUGACUCCGCCAAGAGCCUUUAA